CGAUCAAUGGUGGUUAACUAUUAGGCUGCGGGAGUGUGGGGUUACAAAAGCUGAUUGCAGCGCUGGGACGAACAGAACAGCGCAGCCAUGAAAGUCUCGGAGCGCCGCGGUCCUCUGCUUCUCCUCAUCUGCCUGAUGCCGAUCUGUGUCAUCAGAGGAGAAAGUCAACCAGAGAAAGAGAUCCAUAAAAUCUGUUGUUCUGACAAUGACGAGGUGGAGAACACCCCCAAGACCUCUACUCUGGCUACCACUCUGGCUACCACUCUGGCUGUCACCACUACUGAAAAGCCCCCUAUUAAAGAUGAGUAUCUACAACUCGGGAGCUGCAUGGAUCAGAAAUUCACUUACCGGUCGUGCCAGAAGGUCUUCUGCCCCCCAUGGAUGAGGUGCAUCAAAGGAGAGUGCCUUUGCAAGCUUCCCUAUCAGUGCCCAAAAGACACGGGCUCCCCUUCCUGUGGCACCGACCAGAGAAACUACAGGUCCUUCUGUCAGGUGAAGAGUAUGGGCUGCAAUGGCAGAAAUGUGAAUUUCUCACACAGCGGUGAUGACUGUACAGACCAGUUUCGGUCUUGGUUAAAUCUCACAUCAGGCAACAUGACUUCUCUGGUCGAAAUACAGCGGCCUGGUUCUUCCAAGAGCCUGCUCAUCUGUGGAGACACCUGGAAAAUCCCAGCAGCGAAUGUCAUCUGCAGUCAAGAUGGACAUGAAAGAGGUGCAAAAGAAGCCACCACCUUAAAGUACUCGGAGGUCACCACAGCCAACAAGCCACUCAAGUGUGUAAAUGUCCUGUGCACUGGACUAGAGAGCACCCUGGCAGAGUGCACCAUCUACAAAGAGAAAAACUUAACGAAGAACAUGAAUGUCGCCACCGUCCAGUGCUACACGGACACCCACAGGGUCUGUCGCCGUAGCAGAGAGUUUCCCUGCGUCAAUGGGAAAUGCAUCGCCUUGAACAGGACUUGUGAUGGCGUCAACGACUGCGGGGACCAAAGUGAUGAGCUCUGCUGCAAAAAAUGCAGAGAAGGCUUUCAUUGCAAGUCGGACGUGUGCAUCCCCUGGGAGUCCGUUAAGGACGGCGUGCACGACUGCCUAGGAGGGGAGGAUGAGACCAAAGCAGCAGAAGACUCAAAGCUGCAUAGGGAGCGUCUCAUAUUUACACAAUCUGGAAGAACCUUAUUUGCUGGAAGCCAUUCUUUACAAGCCAUUUCCAACGUGACUGAAGAAAUCGUAGCUACCAGGAAUGCAAUCUCAUCUUUAACUUGUGGGGUACGCAAAGCAGACCCGGUGCGAGUCAAGCGUCUUUUGGGAGGAGUGGUCGCACUUAAGGGGCAGGUUCCGUGGCAAGUGGGAAUCGACGACCAGAACGAAGUCUACUGUGGAGGAAUUUACAUUGGGGGCUGCUGGGUGCUGACGGCUGCCCACUGCGUGAGGCCAAAACCUGAGCUGUAUCGGGUGAAGCUUGGCAUGUGGAACUCCCUAAGAAGUGACGCGAACACCGAUUCCUUGCCUGCGGAAACGGUCAUCAUCCACGAGGACUUCAACCCCUCCACAUACGAGAACGACAUCGCACUGAUCAAGUUCAAGAAUGUUUACAAGAACAAGGAGUGCAUUCGAGAAAAUAAGUUUGUCGCCCCCGUCUGCAUUCCCUGGUCGGAGUAUCAAUUCAAACCUGGCCAUAAAUGCAUUAUUUCUGGUUGGGGGCGUGCAGAAGCAUAUAAACGAGUCUAUAUUCUGAAUGUGGCCACCAUUGAGAUUAUUGGGAACUGUUCCGGCAUUUAUGGAAAGCGCUAUUUCAAAGGGAUGGAAUGUGCCGGUACCUUUGAUGGAACAGUGGACACCUGCCAAGGCGACUCUGGUGGGCCGCUCGUGUGCACAGAUGACAGUGGGGUGGCCUAUGUGUGGGGGAUCGUCAGCUGGGGUGAAAAAUGCGGAGUUGCCAAUUACCCCGGGGUGUACACCAAAGUCGCCUACUACUACGAGUGGAUCAGUUACCACGUGGGCAGAAGUAGCAUUAGCAGAUAUAACAUAUGAAGGAAAGAAAACCAGAAGCUGUAUUCCUGCGGGCUUGACAAAUAACAGAGCAAAGGCAACAGGCAAGUUCACAGAAGAGGAGAAGCCAGUAAUGAAAAGGCAUCAGUCAAUUAAAAUGAGUUCUGAAAUCAC